AUCAACAAAACCUCUAAAAAUGUCUUAAUACUACAAAUAACAGCAAGUUGUGUGUAGUUUCCGCGUAUUUUCCGCAUUAUGACAACUCCACAGAGAAAUGAUGACAACUUCAUGAAGUCUACGGAGCAUAUGGACAGUGUUCAAAGGUCAAUGGACAAACUUCUAAACCUCUCCGCUGUGGAUAUGACUGAGACAGAAAUUCUGCGUUCGAGGAUGGAUGAACAGUCAAGUCUGAUCUGCAUACUGAAACAGAGAGCAGAUGAACUGCUUUGUCAAUACCAAGCCUCGGAAAAAAUGAACACAGAGCUGGAGGACAGAAUAAAUGUCAGCCAGAAAGAACUGGACACCAAGAGCAAGAGAGCAGAGUUAUUAGAGAUGAGAUUCAUGGAUCUAGCUGCCAACAAUCAAUCAGUUAUUGCAUUCAUGAAUGAGUACAAAAAUCACAACGCCCAGUUAAAGAUGGAAAACAAACGGCUGCAGUCGGAAAACGACACACUUUUCUCCCAAAAAGUACAAGAUGAAGAAGUGAUUGUGCACAAUCUGAUGCAAGAAAUGAAACUGCUGACAGAGAAUUACACAAAUAAAGAAAAAGAAUAUGGAGAGAAAUUAGCCGAAUGCCAAUCAAGACUCCUGGACGAAGCAACUCGGCAUCAAGCCAAGGAGGCAUCACUACUAGAUCAAGUGCAGGACAGUGAGCAAAAGCAAAGACAAGCUGUAGGGAUGAGCAAAGACAUGAAGCUGAAGCUUGAGAGGGCUGAAGAAAAGUUUGCUUUGAAGGAGACUGACAUGAGAAACAUCAUUGCACACAUUACAGAAGAGAAGGAAAAACUCUUGUCUCUGUCUAUAGAAAGAGGGAGAGUGAUACAGGUAAUUAAAUUUGUUCCAUUUACUAAAACCCCAAAUGAAUCAGAGUAUGUGUGCACAUACAAACUGGUCUUAAUACAGGAGAAGCAAGAGGAAAUCCAGCAGCUGACGAGAAAAUGGAAACAGAAAAAAUCCCACUCUGAGCCGGAUAAUGGGUUUGGAGAAGCUGCUGACCUGGAUGUCAAAGUGAAGUCGCUCCAGUGUGCUCUCCGUGAAUCCAAUACAAACUAUGAGAAGCUUAAAAAGGACUUUGAAGCCUUCAAAGGACACAGUGCCAACCUCCUAACCCGAGAGAGGGAGCUGAAUAAGAAACUUCGCCAAAUGAUGAGCUAAACUGAAG